AUGAAACUAAUUAUUCUUUACGUUCUCGGUUUGUUAUUCUUUUUAUCUAACAAUGUGCAAUGUAAGAAAAAAAAAAAUAAGAUACUUAGUAAUAUACCAAAGAAUAGUAAUCUACUUGACUGUCUUUCAUUUAUAGCACAUGGUGAUCACCGAAAUAUAUUGUCUGAAGUUAGCGAUUCGCUAUUGAAGAAGCUAGAAAAUAAUGAAUUGGUUACAAAGGACAUGUUAUUAUCCACACUGAGGUCAUUAGAAAAUAAGUACAAGGAAACAGAUGAUGAUUCAAAAAAAAAGGGAAUUGAAAAAUUAGUGGUAGAUAUUAAAGAGGCCUUAAAAAAAAAUUAUACUAAUAAUAGUAAUAGUAAUAAUGUGGAAAAUAAUGAAGAAGAUAUAAAAAGUAAAGAAAUAAAUAAGAAAUAUUUUUUAUUAAAAUUAGAAAAUGCUUUUAUCAAAAAAGAUCUUUCUAAUUUUAAAAGAGUUAAUGAAGAUAUCAAACUAAGAAAAACAUAUUUAGAUAAAAAAUUCAAAAUAUGUAGUACUUCAAGUGAACAAUUAUUAUCUGGGGCUCCUGGAAAAUUAAAUUUAUCUGAUAGUAGCAUAAAAGAAAUAGAUUAUCCAUCAUCUAUUAAAAUCGUAAAUCAAUUAAUUCCUGAAGAAUAUUCUAUCUCAAAUAACACAUUGGGGUCACCACAUUUUAACAAGUUAAUAGAUUUAUAUAAGCCUUUACUUGAUUUCAAUAUAGAUUUGAUAAAAAACGAUUUGAAAAAUGAGUUACAGACUUAUGAAGAUUCUAAAAAUGAAAUCUCCUUUAUAAUACGUGAUAGUAAAUAUAAUAAAUUGAAAAAAUUCACGUUUACUGUUCCUAUGAGUAGAAUGCCAGAUGCUAAACCUAAUGACGAAAUGAAAAAAGAAAUUACAGACAAAAAUAGGAUUUAUACAUAUGUGAUUAGUAAAGCGGAUAGAGACAAAAUCCCAGAAGAAUAUAUUCUUAGUAGUCAUUUAGGGAAACCUUUACAUAUUAAACCAAAGAGAACUAAAAAGAUUAUAAAAAUUCCCGUUAAAAAAAAAAAAAAAAAAAAUAUAAAUGAUAACAUACAAAUUAAUGUUAAAGCACCAAUAAAAGUUGGCCAUUUGUUUUUAAAAAAAAAUGAGGAAGAUAAUAUGACAGAGAUACCCCUCAAUGAAUGUCACAUAUAUUUGAAAGAUAUUGCACAAGGAGCGGUGGAUUCAUCAUCUUUAUCACAAUCAUCGUCGUCAUCGCCUUCCCCAUCUUUUGCAAAAACGCUUGAGGGUCCAGUUGAGCUUUUAACAGUGAUAAAACCACAGUCAGAUUGUGAUAUAUUAAAAAAAAUAAUAAUCCAAAGGAUUAUACAUCAUGAACCGAUGAGUAAUAAACAAUCAAAAGAUGGGAAUUUUUCUCCUGAAGGAAAUUCUAUACAAAAAUUUCCCGAAUGUUCUCAUCGCAUUUGUCAUUCUUGCUUUAAUUCUUUACCGCUAAUACAUUUUAAUUAUCCAUCGGGUGGUUUGUAUUGUAUGGCACGUCCUACUUAUGAAAAUAAUUCAUAUAAUAAAUAUGAUUUUAAUGAAAAAUUUAUUAAUUUAAGUUAUGACAAAAAUUGCCUUAUAUGUAUUCCCAGUAGUGCCAUAAACAAUUUUUUGUGUAAUUUAAAUCAAGAUGACAAUUCAGAAAAGGAAUAUAACCAAAAUGUCAACAAUGAUUUUCAUACUUACAAAAAAAUUUACAUACACAGUGAUACAUGUCUAAAUUGUGAUCCUAAAAAUAAUCAUAUUUUUUCUUUUCUUCAUAAUAGUAAAACAUGUCCAUAUUGUAAACAUAACAAAACAUUCAAAAAAGAAAAUAGUAGCUCUAAAACCGUAAGCACGUUUAACGCAGAUGCUUCACAACAAAAUGAUAUACAUGGACAGGGUGUAUCAAACUUUAUCAUUGUAAACGAUAAUGAAAAUUUGGAAACAGUUUCAAAUGAAGAGGAUGGAAAUGAAAAUAAGGAAAAAACAUCUUUUAUAAAUAGACUUCAUAAUGCAAGUGGGGGCGAUACAAAAGAAGAUAACAGAAAAUAUGGCACAUAUAUGUACAGUAGUGAAGGGGACUCAAGGAAAUACGACGAUAAAGUUGACAUGAAAGGAAACAAUAAUAGUGAAGUACAUAAUGGAUUAAGCAACCGUAUAGUUUAUCUAAGUAGUAGCUGCUUUGACACGACCAAGUUAAAGGUAGUUGGCCGUGAUGAUCAAGAUGAAGAUGAAGGGGAGGAUAUAAAUAACAUCGAUGUAGUUAAGGAAUAUGUAGGUAAGGAAGAUACAGGUAGGGGUGCAGUAGAUAGCAGGGGUGCAAACAGUAGCGGUGAACAUAUAAGCGGUCCAGAUAACAGCGAUUCAGAUGAGAAUUUAUCACAAGAAGAAAUCGACGAUCUAGAUAAGGAAAAACUUGAAAUAGAAGACGAAAAUUUCAAACAACAAGAAGAUUCCAAAUUUUACAGUUCUAAUCAAACAAAUGAAGUGGGUAAUAGUAAUAUGAGCUACUUGAGAAAAUUAUAUUAUAACACUGUUCAUGAACAGGGUAAUAAUAUGGAUAAUAAUGAAGAGGAAGUUUUUCUUUUCAAUAUAAGAUUCAUAUAUAAAACUAGUUUUUUUGGAAAAAAAAAAAUAGUAAAUGCGUACUUAAAAACAUCAAAGGUAGAUAUUAGCUACAACAAAGAAAAAAUACUUUAUUUAUUUGAAAAUUUAUUUAAAAAAGUAUUCAAAGACAUAGAUUAUAAAAUUAAAGAAUCAUUGGUACAUUUGUCCCCAAUAAUAGAAGACUAUGAGAUUACAGGAUAUGAUAUGGAUUUUGGGAAAGUACAAGCUCAUUAUGCAGGAUCUAUAAAUAUGUUUAAGCAUUCAAUUUUUGAUCUUCAGAAUAUGGCUAUUUAUUUUAUUAGUCCAGAUGAAAAAUAUAUAUUAUUAGAAGAUGUGAUAAGAGAAAUACAUGAAGAAAAGGAAGGAAGAGGUUCAUAUUAUAAAUUACAUCAUGAUGAAAAUGUAGAUACUCCUUCAGAGGAAAAAAAUGUUAUCGAUUCAGUAAUUGAGGAACAAGAAGGAGAGGAUAGUUCAGAUACUCACGACUUGGAAGAAUUAUCUACGGACGAACAGAAAGAGGAGACGCAGGAGAUGGAAGAAGAGGAGGAAGAAGAGCAAGAGGAGGGAAAUGAAGAUGAAACGGAAGAGACGGAUGCACAGGAGAAAGAGAAGGAUACACUUGAGAAGGAGAAAGAUGUGAAUGCGAAAAAUAAAGACGAGCAAGAAAAGGAACAGGACAUUCCAACGUACUAUAGCAUUCCAGCAGGAAGGGAAAACGAAGAUAAUAAAUCUACAUAUAAUUUGGAUCUACUUAAAAUUUUAGCAACCUACGGUAGUCUAUUGUCAAAGAAGGACAUGAAAGAUAUAAACGACAAUAUAAAAAACAUAACGGUUGACAAGAAAAUAAUAAAUGGAAGUGAAAUUAUAGAGAUAAUAAUUAAAAAGGAUCAAAAAGUUCUAGAAAAAGAUAUAUCUGAAGAACGUAAGAAAGAAAAAGGAGAUGACGAAAAGCAUGAAUCUAUAUCUAUUGAUGGGGAUGAAGGAAUUCACGAUAUUAACGAGACAGUGAAAAAAUAUAUGGAUAAAUAUUUUAGUGUUCAUGAUGUACCAAUAUAUUAUAUUGAAGAUAUGCAUAUUUCAAAAAACACAAUAUAUGUUACAUCUGAUGUAAAUUGUGAUUUAGAUAUGCUUAAAAUGAGUAUUUUAGGUAUUUGUAAUAUUACUAAUAAAUCUAUAGAAGAUUAUAAUUUUUUUUUAGUACACAAAGACAUAAAAUUGUAUGACCCUAGUAAACUUCAAGAAAUACCAUCAUUCAUAAGGAAUGUGCAAGAAUUGUACAAGUAUAGUAAAUCAUUAGAUAUGAAAAUAGUCAUUGCAUCAAUACAUGAGGAAGAUAUAAAUAGUUUAAAACCUAAGAGCUUUCAUUAUUUGUAUGAAUCUAAUAAGGAGGAUAUUUCUUUCAUAAGAGAAAAAGGGGAAGAAACCGAAUCGAGCGAAAAGGAUGAACAAGAUGGUGAACGAGAGGGGGAUAAAAUAUUGGGGAAGAUACCCCAUAUGGAUGCACUUAACAUGCAGGAAAAUUCAAAAUAUGAAUCACCUGGAGAUAUUUCUAAAAGCUAUGUUGCGGAUAAUGUUAUAUUUGGAAGAGAAACACUAAUGAACGGAUUGGUAGAAAGGAAUGAAGAGGAAGAAAGUCAAAGUAUAUAUAAUACUAGUGAGGAAGAUGUAAAAUAUAUAAAUAAAGAGAUAACCAUUUUAGAAGAUGAAGAAUAUUAUAGGAAAGGAAAUUAUUAUAAUUUUUUUGAAAUAUAUAUAGAUAAUCCUACGAGAAAAAUGAGUAUAACAAAUGCUCCAAUUUUAAAAACGUAUACAUUGAAUUUAUUUAUAAUUGAUAUUAUGAACAAAAUAAUGCAUGUGCCUUCAACUUUUAUAAAUACUGAAUCUUAUAGAAAAGGAAUGUGUAUAUUAGAUAUUCAUAAGUGUCUGGAAUAUUAUUCAUAUAACAGUAAAUCGAAGGUCAUUAGUUCUUUGGUUUUUGAAAAAUUUAUUACAUUAUAUGAAGUAUUAAAAUAUCUUGGUACAAGAGACGAACAUCUAUUGAUAAGAAAUAAAAUUAGUGAAGAUUGUAUAGGGGUAGACAACUUAAAAGAUAUUAAAUAUCCAGCAAGUAUUAAUUUAAAAGAUUCAAAAUUUAUUCAUCUUGAAAUACCAUUAUUCUAUUUAGACGAACGUUCUAAUUUCUUUCAUGAUAAAAUUACUUUAAUGAAUGUACCUGAAAAUUUAACUGUAUCAGAACUAUGCACAUCCAUAAAAAAUAUAUUAAAUGAAGCUUUAACUUCGUUUAACGUAAAUACUGUAAUGGAUAUACAAGUGUAUACUAUAACAGAUAAGCAAUGGCAAAAUGUACCAGAAAAUACAUCAAUAUAUGAUAUAAAAAUGAAUUUUCAUAAUUUGUAUACCUUAUUUAUUAAAAAUCAGUUCUUAAGUAAAAAUAAUUUUCAAGAAUUAUCAAAUUUAAUAAUUGAUUUUUCAGAUAACCAAAUGUACGUUAAAAAGUUAGACAUAUAUAUAGAUUACAACUUUAGUCCUUAUACCCUGUAUAAUUUACCAAUACAUGCCUCAUCUAAUCAUAUAAAAUAUUUAUUAUUACGUAAUAUUCAUUCGUUUUUAUCGGACUCUUUCGCAAAUGAAUUUUUUUUUACCUAUAAUAAAAUGUACGUAAUUAAAUCCUACUCUGAAAUAAGGGGCUCUGAAAAUGCAGAAGAUGAGGAAGUAUAUAUUUAUGAAGGAGACGAAAGUAAAGACAGUAAAAAAAUAACCUACCUCUUUUUAUUAAAUAUGCUAAGUAGAUUUUACAAAAUAAAGUUCAAUUCGAGUAGGAUGCUAGAAAAUGUGAUAUCUGAACUGUUUGAACUCAGCGGGAAAAGCUCUAGCGAAAAUCCCUUGGUAGAGGUAAGGAAGUCAUCCAAAAAGGUAAAAAAUAUAGAAAUACAUCUGGCCAAUGAUAGCAGUGGGAGCAGCACCGGCAGUAGCAGUGCCACUGAAAGUACUUCUAAUAAUAAGAUACUGGUGAAAAAUGUUCCGUUAGGACUACUGGUGUGGAAAUUUAUCAACAUACUGAUGAAGGGAACAUUCAAUGUACCCAUAGAAGACAAAGAGAAGUUAUAUAACCUAUUUGCACUAGUUCCAAAAGAUAAAGAGAAGGUACAAAAUCAUGAUUAUUACUUCAGUACUAUCCCAGGAUACACCAUAGAAGAAGUGCUAAAAAUAAUGGAUAAAAAUAACAUUCUUUUAAUAAAGGCAUAUCCAGAAAAGUUGAAUCGUAUAAGAAAUAGUGAACAUUUUGAAGGAUAUAUAGAAUUUAACCUUGAUUCCUUACCAUCUGUAAUAGAUUUUAAUAAUCCCAUUGGAUCCUUAAGCUUUUAUGUUAAUUACAAAAACAAAAAUAAAAUAACACAUAUAAUUAAUGUACCUGAAAAUAUUACCACAGAUAAAUUGCUAAAAACAAUUCUUUUAGAUAUGUAUUCCAAAUGGCAAAAAUUACCAAAAGAUGAAAAAAUAAAAUUUUCGCUUUUCCGGAACAACAACGAAAUAACAGAUAUGAAGGAGUAUAUAAAUUCUGGAGAAGGUGCACAGCUGCGAACAUUUAUUUCUUUGAAGAAGAAAAGAAGUGACUCCAAUACUAACAAUAAUACCAGUAUUAACAGUAUGAAUCAUAAGUUUUAUAAAAAGAAAUAUGUAGACUUAGACAAGAUAUCAGAAGUUGAUUCCAUGAAUCUAUCAGAUGCAGAAUUAAAAGCAGCACAACUAUAUGAUAAUGUGUUGAGAGAAAUUCUCGUUAAAGAUUAUAUUGACUUUAAUAAUAUUUCCAUAAGUGGUUAUACUAUGACUAUUUAUAUAUUUGACGGAACAACAUACCAACCAACAUUCAUAUAUAAUGUACCUUUAAGUUCAACUAAUAAGGAUGUAAUUAACUUUUUACUAAUUAAAGCAAAUCAUAUUAAUACGAAAAGACUAGUAGAUGAAUUCCUUCUCCUCAAUGAAGAAUCAUUUAAUUUAUUAAAAACAAAAACUUUCAUAGAACAAAAUGUUGUUUUUAUAGGAGAGUUAACAGAACUAAUUAAUUUAGAUAGAUCUAAGUUAUACCUUGUCCAGAAACCAUUAUUUAAUCCGUUAGAUGAUUUAUUUAAAAAUAUAGCUAACAAAAGCUAUGAUUUUAAAUCAGAAAAAAGGGGUGUUCUCAAUGUAAGUGAAGAGAAGGGAAAUCUUAAUCUUAACAUCAUGUUUAGUAAAAAUAAAAAAAGAGUUAUAAGUGUUCAAAAUAUUCCUCAUAAUAUGUACAUAACCGAAUUUUUAAGAUUUGCAAUUGGGUAUCAAAGAAAAUGGAUAUACAAAUUUGUCAAUUUUUACAUUAUGAAAGACAGUGAAAAGUAUGUUUUAAAUGAUACUUGUGAUGUUAUAAGACACGGUAGGACAAUAAGUGAGAUAUUUAAAAUUUGUAAAUCUGGUUAUCCUUGUACCUUACACAUUGACAUUAGUUUGAAGGACCAUCAUAACGAAACCAAAGCUGCGCAUUCUACAGAUUCUGCAUAUUUUAUACGUCCUACAGAUAAUGAGGAUAAAUAUAAAAAUUUAGUUAUAUUAAAAGAAUUAAGGAAGAAAAUACUAGCAGAUGAAAUGGAUUAUACUACUACUACUAAUACUAAUAAUAAUAUUAAUAAUCAGAAAAUAAAUUUGGCUUCCAUAAAUUUUGAAUACAAUGCUGGGUUAUAUGAAAAGUACAUCUUUGGUUCUUCAAGAAUUAUUAACAUACCUAAGAGUUAUACAGUGGGUGAUGUAUUAUCUUAUAUCAAAAAAAAAGUAAAAGAAGACACAAAAAUUAAAAGUGUAUACGAAUUAGAAUUGAAAAUCAUUUUUAAUGAUGCUUAUAUUACUAUACCAAAGGAAUUAAAUAUGGAAUAUGUCAUCAAUUAUUACUUUAUUAAUACUCCAUCUAUCGUUUCUAUAUCAGAUGAUAACCCAUUCAAUAUUGUUCAUCUGACAUUAUAUGACACCAUUAUAGAUAUAAAAAAUGAUAUAUUUGUUAAGAAGAGUAUUCCGAUGUAUAUAAAAAAUGGUAAGAGCUUGCAAAAUGUGAAAUUAAAAAAUAUACCCGUUUCUAUAACAGAAGAUCAAUUAAUUACAUAUUUACUGACAUAUUUAACACAAAAUACGGAAGUGAUUAAUUUCAUAAGAGAUAAUACAUCUAUAUGUGUAUAUCCAAGGUGUGAUCCUGUGUAUAUUCAUCAUGAGAAGCAGCAGUUAUGCUUUAUAUCUUCCCUAUCAUAUCAUAUUGCUUUAAAAAAUAUUUGCUACUUAACAACAGUAGAAUCGUAUGAAGACUUUUACAGCAAAAUGGGGCAUUUCGAAUUUAUUUAUGACAGAUCAAAAUAUUUUAGUGAAAUAAAAGCACAGAGCAGUAGUAAAAAGAGUAGUAAUGUAGACGAUAUUAUGAACCUCGAUAUGAAUAUCCAUUUUCCUAAUAUUGAAAGAACAGUUCGUGUAAAAAAUUUUAAUAUGAACAUGCAAAUAGAAGACUUAUUAGAGAAAAUAUUCCAAUCUGUAACAACGAAAAGUUUUAGAUGGGGUGAAUUAUUUACCUUCCUUGGAAAUACAUCACGAAUUAAUGAACAGAUGGAUGAAAGAAAAAUCGAAAAAAAAGUGAGAACAUUUAGAGAUUAUUUAAAUGAAGAAGGGAACAUAUCAUUCAUUUAUAAACCUGAAAAUAACGAAAUACAUGAUUAUUUAAUGCAUAGAAUAGUUUAUUUACCAUCAUUGAUAAAUUAUCAAACAAAGUAUAUAUCAUUACAAACUAGCAUUAAUGGUUAUCAGAAUAGUAGUACCAUCUUAAAUGGCUUCCCUGAUUAUUUAACCCCCAAAUUUAUGCUCACAUUAAUACAGUAUAAUCUCUUCAGAUUAAUAGACAAAACUUAUUUAAAAGUUUUUGGAUGUUCUUAUGAAUAUUGUAUUAACGAAGAUGAGUUUAUUAAUUAUACGAAUGAAUUGUUUACUAAGAAGAAUGAUAACUUAGCGGCAUAUACUUUAAAAAGUGAGAAUUCAAAGCAGCAAAUGAAACUUAUUUUAAGAAUAAAGAAAAAGGAAACAAGACAAAUUGAUACAAUAAGGAAUUUACUAUCCAUGGAAUUGAACAUAUCCUGUCAACAGUUAACUAAUGAAGAAGAUAUGGAAGAAUGUAAUGAUAUAAUAUCUUCGCUAAAUACUUCUCAUAUUUUUUGGAGAAAUAGUGUUUUAGGUUUUAUGGCAAAUUCUAUAGUAAUAAAAGACUAUUAUAAUAAUACUUUAAUGUUACCAUAUAUUGAUUAUGGAGUAAAUGAAAAGAUAUUAAUUCAAAACAUAUUAAAUAGUAUUAACAUCUCACCAUAUUUAUAUAAAUUAUUUGAAUUAACACAUGUAGAUAAAGUUUGUGUCAGCUAUAUAAAAAAAUUAAAAAAUAUUAUACCACAUAUUCAGUGCUUGUUAUCUUAUGGAUUUACUGUAUUUUUUGAUUUACAUCAUAAUAGUAAAUUUGACCAAUAUAAUGGUUUCAAAUUAGGAACUGAAUCAUCUGAUAUAACACAUAUACAUCCAUUCCAGGAUAUACUUGAAAAACAUUUUGUCGAAUUCUUCAUACAUAACCAUGAUGGAACUCAUGUUUUUGUAAAAAAUGUAUACAGAGAUUUGACCGUAUCUAUCCUUCUGAAUGAAUUGUCUAAAGCAAGAUGUCACAUCCACUCAUUAAAGUAUAACCAGGUUAGUAACUUUUAUAAACUUGUAUACGUGCUCAAUGAUAAUGAGCAGCACGACAUAUCCCCCGAGAUUUCCAUGGAGGACGUGUACGACUUAGUGAUAAAGCAUUCCAAAGCAAAUUUUUCCUUAAGAAUUGUGAAAAGGGAUGACAAUAAAAGGGGAAGCGAUAAGAGAAGCGAUAAGAGCAGCGAUAUGAACAACGAUAAGAACAGCGAUAUGAACAACGAUAAGAGCAGCGAUAUGAACAACGAUAAGAACAGCGAUAUGAACAACGAUAAGAGCAGCGAUAUGAACAGCGAUAAAAGUAGCGAUAUGAACAGCGAUAAAAGCAGAGAUAUGAACAGAGAUAAAAGCAGCGAUGAUAACGAAAGUACGGUAGAGGGUGACCUACCAGAUAUGUACCUCAGCCCCUACCCGAAAAUUAUUGACCUGAGCCAAAAUGAAUUCCAAGUUCUCAUGUUUUUACAGUUAAAACCACUGGAGAUGGAUAACAUGUUAAGAGGUUUGUCAACACCUCGAAUAAUAAUUAACAGCGUUUUAGCAAGUACACCUAUACUGUCUUUAAAAGAAUAUCUCAUGGUAUUAUUUAAAGAUUAUUUUGAAAGAAUGGAAAUUUCUCAAAAUUACUAUACAAAAUUUUAUGAAUUUGAUAUAGAUUUAUUAAUUAUUAAUUUUAAUCCUAUCACAAAGAAAAUUUAUAAAGUUAAUUCAGAUAUAUUAAAUAAUUUAACAGUUUCAAACUUUUACAGAGUUUAUUAUAACGCAUACUUAGUACUGCAAUUAGAUAAAGUAAAAAUUUUUAAAUCUCAUUUAUAUGAUGAUUUUAUUAGUUAUUUCUCAACAGUAGUUAUAGACUUUUCUUUUCAUAAAAUUCAAAAAUAG